UAGAACAAUUUUUGUGCCUCGCGUCUUUUCUACAUAAAGCUAACCCGGGAAAGUCCGAUCAACAGCUUCUUCAACUUCAAAACACACACUCUCGGAACAGUAAAUUCUGUAACUCUUUCUUCUACUCGAUCUCGAUCGCAAUUGCAAUCGAAUCGCAUAGUUCUUUUCUCCGCGAGAUUAACCUGCCAGGAAUUAGGAGCAUCAGAUAUGGAGGAAGUCGACGAAACAUCAACCACAAGUCAGGUUUAUAUGGCGUGCAUUGUGCAUGGCCAUAGAGUUGGAGUUUCUUAUUAUGAUUCUAGUAUCCGCCACCUUUACGUUACAGACUUCUGGGAAGAUGGGAGCUCUGACUUUUCUCUACUUGAUAUAGCCGACUCUACCUCAGUUAAAUACCAAGCAAAACCUCAAGUGAUUUAUACAAGCACUAAAAGUGAAGAAGGCUUUUUGGCUGCUUUGCAGCAAAAUGAUGGAACUAGUGAGGCUCCUACUGUAAAGCUUAUGAAAAGUUCAAUAUUCAGUUACGAGCAAGCAUGGCACAGGCUGAUAUACCUUCGAGUUAUGGGAAUGGAAGAGGGACUAAAUAUAAAAGAGAGAGUUUGUGUUCUGAGCUCAAUGAUGGACGUUGGAAGUGAGAUUCAAGUUCGUGCAAGUGGAGGUCUUCUUGCCAUAUUAGAGAAUGAAAGGAUAGUAGAUACCCUUGAACAACAGGAAGGGGGUGUAUCAAUUACAAUUGAUUCUAUUGCUGAGAUAUCACUGAACAACUUUCUCAAAAUUGAUUCAGCAGCUCAUGAGGCACUACAAAUAUUUCAAAUAGACAAACAUCCAAGCCAUAUGGGCAUCGGUAGAGCUAAAGAAGGGUUCUCUGUGUUUGGUAUGAUGAAUAAGUGUGUAACGCCAUUGGGAAGACGCCUUUUGAAGAACUGGUUCCUGAGGCCUAUACUUGAUCUUGAUAAUCUGAACAAUCGUCUCAAUGUUAUAUCAUUCUUCCUUUUGUCGGAAGAAUUAUCGUCUUCUUUGCGCGAAACGCUGAAGUCAGUUAAGGAUGUUCCCCACAUAUUGAAGAAAUUUAAUUCUCCAAGCUCUAUAUGUACAAGUAGUGACUGGGCAUGUUUGUUAAAGAGCAUUUGUUCUCUCUUGCACAUCAACAAGAUAUUUGAAGUAAGAACAUCUGAAACUCUGCACGAGCAAGUGAGUUUGUUAGACUUGGACAUUCUUGAAAAGGUGGGUUCUUCCAUAUCUGGGGAUCUGGCUUAUGUCUAUGAAUUGGUAAUCGGAGUUAUUGAUGUAAAUAGAAGUAAAGACAAAGGCUACGAGACAAUAAUAAAAGAUGGUUUUUGUGAUGAGUUGGAUGAGAUGCGACAAAUUUAUGAAGAAUUGCCAGAAUUUCUGGAGGAGGUUUCAGCACUGGAACUUUCACGACUUCCUCAUAAUCAUGUGCAGAAGCAUCGUCCUUGCAUUUUCUAUAUACACCAGAUAGGAUAUUUGAUGUGCAUAUACGAGGAGAAGCUCUCUGACACCAUGCUGGAGAAACUUCAAGACUAUGAAUUUGCUUUCUCUAAUGAAGAUGGCGAUUCUACAUCCUUUUUUUAUCACACUGCGAAGACAAGAGAGUUAGACACUCUUCUGGGAGAUGUAUAUCACAAAAUUCUCGACAUGGAGAGGGCUAUUACAAGAGAUUUAGUAUCACGUCUGCAGCUGUUUUCUCAAGAUCUGCUUAAGGCUGUGAAAUUUUCAGCUGAACUUGAUUGUUUUUUGGCUUUAGCACUCGUUGCUCGUCAAAACAAUUACGUUCGGCCCAUUUUGACUUCAGAAUCUUUGCUUGAUGUACGAAAUGGAAGCAGGCAUGUUUUGCAGGAGAUGACUGUUGACACAUUCAUUCCCAAUGAUACAAAAAUUUUAGAUCAAGGGAGGAUCAACAUCAUCACAGGCCCCAAUUAUUCAGGAAAAAGUAUUUACAUAAAGCAGGUAGCUUUAAUAGUUUUCCUUUCCCACAUUGGGAGCUUUGUUCCAGCUGAUGCAGCGACUGUGGGUUUGACUGAUAGAAUAUUUUGUUCAAUGGGAAGCAAGCAUAUGACUGCUGAACAGUCAACAUUCAUGAUUGAUCUCCGUCAAGUGGGAUUGAUGCUAAGGCAUGCAACUUCUAAAUCUUUAUGUCUGUUGGAUGAGUUUGGCAAAGGUACUCUUACUGAAGAUGGCGUUGGUCUUCUUGGUGGAACUAUAAAUCAUUUUAUCUCAAUGUACGACCCUCCAAAGGUUCUGGUUUGCACUCACUUGACAGAAAUAUUUGAUGAAGGAUGCUUACUUGAGUCAGAUAAAGUCAAAUGCCACACCAUGAGUGUGCUAAGACCUGACAAGAACUGCACAGACAUUGAAGAUAUUGUAUUUUUGUACAGGCUUAUUCCUGGACGUGCACUUCUAAGCUAUGGUCUACAUUGUGCACUACUUGCUGGUAUACCAGAGGAUGUUAUCAGGAGGGCUGCAUAUGUUUUGGAUGCUACUGGACAUGAUAGACAUAUUGAGCGGCUAUCCUGUGACAACAUAUCCACACAAGAUCAGCAAUAUAAGGAUUCUGCUGAUAAGAUGUUGGCUUUUGAUGCUCUCCAUGGUGAUUUAAGUCUGUUCUUUCAAGAUGUAUUUCCAACUACCUCUUGAAUGAUUAAAGCAUACCCAUUUUUUCUGGGGAAGUUGAAACCUCAAAAUAUAAGCAAAAGCUCAAGAAGCUAGAAGAAUUGGGAUAGGUAACCAGGUUUUGAGUUACUAGUGGGUUAUUUUUAUGACAAUGCAAUGGGAUAUAACAUCAUCCUAAAUAGUGUUGAAGCCAAUUUCUGUAUACUGGGGGUAGAUCGUGUCUAGUUAUAUGAAUGUAUAGUGUUUUUUUUCUUUGUAAAUUUUAGACCGAGUUCGAGAAUUUUCGUCAAGGAGUAUUGAAUGCCAUACCCCUUCUCAAGUUGUUCAUUUA